AUUGGCUAAAGCUUCGACGAAGAGCCAUCACAUCACGUCACAGAGCAAUUGGGCGUCGGCACCACUGUCCACUCGCCCGAGAUGCUCCCUCAACGAAUCGUACGGGCCUCGGCCCUGCGCAACGGCGUGCUGGCUGCUCGACGACUGCCGACAAUCCAGCGCCGAUGUUUCCUCCCUCACUCGUACACCGACAAGAAGACGAUCGACGAGAAGUACCCCGAGCCUGUCCAGCUGAGCGACGCCGAGGAUCCCGGCAUGAACGGUGGCUACAUCAACCCGCCCGCAAUCAAGCGCCAGUUCCGUGACCCCCACGGCAACUGGUGGGAUCCCCAAGAGCGACGAAACUUUGGCGAGCCCAUUCACGAGGAUAACGAUUUGCUGGGCAUCUUCUCCCCCUGGGAGUACACCUGGACCACCCCCGGCCCCGGCCUGAUCAUGGUUGGCACCUUCAUUGCUGUCUUCCUCAGCGUCACCGGCGUCGUGUACCUCAACUACCCCGAUAUGGUGGCUUACCCCCGAGAGUUUGAGAAUGGUCUGCAGCGAGAGCUGGGUGGCCCUGGAGCUGUGAGGGCUCGCAUGGAGGGUGAUGAGGACCCUUGAGCAGGGAAUUCUCAUUUGUACAUAACUAAAGAAUGGAAGGAUUCAAUGGAUUUUGAGUGGACUGAUAAACAUGACCGAGAGAUGUGCUCGUUAGAUGCUGGCAAAGGCAACCCAUAUGUGCGCAUUGUCUCUCAGCUGGUACAUGGUUUCCCUACCCUUGUGACAAUUUUCACCCACCAACAGGUAUGCUUCACAUUUCUAGGCAUCUGUAGUGAAUUCUAUAUUGUUCAUCGUGAA